UGUCACCAAUGGUGGCUAGAGUGUCGAAGCUGGGAAGCUUCAAAACUCUCUUCUCCACCACAUCUAUGGAGAGCAAUUUGUGUGUAAGUUCAGAUUCUCUUGAAUUUUCUUAUUGGACAAUCUCCUAAUUCCCGCAGUUUCAUUUCAACUCAUCUCCCACAUUCCGUGGCAAUUUUCUGUGCCAUUUUCAGUAUUUAAUUAACGUCGCAAAAUUCAAACUAAUUGAAAAAAUAUGUUCUUUGACUAUGGAAACUUUAGCAAUGCCGAUGGUCCCAUGACUCUUACAUCUUCCUCCCAAUUGCCAUUUUCACAUCCUCUUCUCACUAUUUAUCAGAGUUUCUUUCAUAUCUACGUCCAUGGAAGAUUAUUGCUUUCUUUUCUUUCUUAACCAUGGCUAUGGGAGUUUCGUUAGCUUGCUUUGUCAUAUUUGUUUUCUAUGUUUCUGCUCUUUCUGUUCAAGCCUCGUUUCUCUACCAUGGAUUCAAUAAUUCAGAUCUUAUCCUUCGUCAAGGAGCUUCUGUAGAGGCUUCUGGCUUGUUGAGGCUAACCGACAGCACCCAGUUCGUUAUAGGCCAGGCUUUCAAUCCUAAUGCCCACCAGAUGUUUGAUAAAAGUUCUGAACCCGUUUUAGACGUUUCUUCUUUCAGCACAACUUUUGUGUUUGCCAUAGUUCCAUCAAGCCCCGGUUCGCCAGUUGGGUAUGGCCUCGCCUUUGUUAUGGCUCCAUCGACCACAUUUCCAGGUGCUGCAAGUGAACAUUACUUGGGAUUAUUCAACUCCUCCAGCAACGGCAAGGCUUCCAAUCAUAUCUUUGCAGUCGAAUUCGAUACUAUUAAUGGUCACGAUGACCCUCAAAAUUCGAAGGGAAACCAUGUCGGAAUCAACAAGAAUGGCAUGCGAUCAAGUGCGUCUGAAACGGCUGAGUACUCUUAUUAUGGCUCUGAUGUGAAAACGGAGGUGUAUUUGGAUAGUGGUGAUCCAAUCCAAGCUUGGAUUGACUAUAGUCGCCAUAGUAAGGUUGUGAAUGUCACGAUAGCUCCUACAAAUGUGGACAAACCAACUGAGCCAUUGAUUUCAUAUCCCAUAAACCUGAAUUCAGUUUUAAAAGAGACAAUGUUUGUUGGGUUCUCUGCAUCAACCGGAACAGAAACAAGCUUCCACUACAUUUCAGGUUGGAGUUUUGCCAUCAAUGAACAAGCACCUGCGUUAAAUGUUUCUCAGCUACCAAAACCACCGAAAGUGGACAUUUCUCCGCCGUCAAAAUUCAAUCCUCUACUCACCGUUGUUGUACCAAUAUUAUCUGCCAUGACAUUGAUGGGAAUUUGGUUCUUAGCCUCUUUAUUCAGAAGAAGAUUACGAGAUGACAGCCUUGAGGAAUGGGAAAGAGAUUGUCCUCACAGAUUUGGCUAUAACGAUCUUUAUAAAGCCACAAAGGGAUUUAAAGACUCUGAGCUCCUUGGAUCAGGUGGCUUUGGCUCAGUAUACAGAGGUGUCUUGCCUUUCACUGGAAGUGAAAUUGCUGUGAAGAAGAUAACACGAAAUUCGACUCAGGGAAUGAGGGAAUUCGCUGCCGAGAUCGAAAGUUUGGGCCGAUUACGACACAAGAACUUGGUGAAUCUCCAAGGAUGGUGCAAGAAAAAGAAUGAUCUUCUCUUGGUUUAUGACUAUGUUUCAAAUGGAAGCUUGGAUUCUCUCCUCUACCAUCCAAAACACAACUUUGUGCUGAAUUGGGAACAAAGAAUCAACAUCCUCAAAGGCGUUGCUGGUGGAUUGCUGUACCUACACGAAGAAUGGGAGCAAGUAGUGAUCCAUCGAGAUGUUAAGCCGAGUAAUGUCUUGAUAGAUGUCGACAUGAAUGCUCGACUAAGUGAUUUCGGUCUUGCAAGGUUAUACGACCACGACCAAGUCUCGCAUACAACCAGUGUCGUUGGCACCAUUGGCUACAUCUCACCCGAGUUGGCUCGCACCGGAAAAGCAUCUAAAACCACGGAUGUGUUCGCGUAUGGAGUUCUAAUCCUUGAAGUGGCUUGUGGAAGAAGACCUCUAGAAUCAGAUAUAUUCAUAUUGGUAGAUUGGGUAAUGGAAUGCCAUGAAAGAGGCCGUAUUCUGGACGCAGCCGAUCCGAAGUUGAGUGCAGUUUAUGACAUGAAUGAGAUGGAGAUGGUGCUGCAACUUGGGCUUCUUUGUUCCCACUACAAACCUGAAGCAAGGCCAAGCAUGAGGCAAGUCACGAGAUAUCUUAAUGGAGACGACCAAAUUCGUUCUGUUCAUCCUCCAAAUUAUUCUCAAGUUACCUUCCAAUCUAGCUCCGGAUUCACUCAAUUCAUUCCACCGUCUUCGCAGACUUCAUCUGCUAGUUUUAUCUCAACCUCCAUAGAUCUAAGCAGGUAAACAAUUACCUUUUCUAUUUACUUUUUCUAACUUCAUCCAUGUAAAUCAAUAUCAUUUACAUACCCUAAUAAAAUU